CUUUCGUGUGCAAUAACUAAAAGGGUUUAAUUACUUUGUUCAUCACAAUAGGGUUUUGCGAUUACAACUCCCACUAUCAACACAGCCACUCACCGCGGAAAAGUGGGAGAAGCUACUCACUGCAACCACAAUGGGAGCGACGCAUCAAGUCAAUAAGUCUCACAAGUCACGCUUCUCUUCUAAGUCUUCUCGCAAUAUUCACAAAACCUCCGUCAAAGAUAGACUUGCAAUCGUGAAAACAGAGCGUAAUGUUGGCAAAGGUGCCCGUGCAGCACGAAUUAACAGAAAUAAGAUGAUACGUGAACAAAAAAAGGCUGCAGUUUUGAAAGAAAAAAGAGAAUUGAGUGGAUCUAAGUGUCCUCCUCGUGUUAUUGUUCUUUUUUCCCUUUGUGCUUCUGUGGAUUUAGAAUUACUUGCAGAUGAUCUUUUGUCAUUGUUAUCUAAAGAGUCUUCUGCAGUGCUGUCAGGAACAGUUGCUUCUUCUGAAUAUAGGACUAGAGUAACGGUACUAAAAGCACCUCAUGGCGAUCUACUAACCUGCAUGGAAAUGGCUAAGGUUGCUGAUCUACUGGUUUUUGUGGCCUCUGCAAAGUCUUUGUGCGAAGAAACUGAUUCGUACUUCAUUGAUUCAUUUGGAAAUCAAUGCCUUUCUGUAUACAGGUCUCUUGGUUUACCAAGCACUGCUGUCUUUGUUCGUGAUCUGCCAACUGAGCUAAAACAAAGAAAUGAAAUAAAGAAGAUGUGCACAUCUAGUCUUGCCUCUGAAUUUCCCGAGGACUGUAAAUUUUAUCCAGCUGAUACAAAGGAUGAUCUGCACAAGUUUUUAUGGCUCUUUAAAGAGCAAAGGCUUAAAACUCCUCAUUGGAGAGCUCAACGAUCUUAUCUCAUGGCUCACAAGGUUGAUGCAGUAAAUGAUGGCGAUUCUGAAAAAUGCACCCUUUUUCUCAGUGGAUAUCUUCGUUCCCAUAACCUCUCUGUGAAUCAACUGGUUCAUGUAUCAGGUGCAGGAGAUUUCCAACUAUGCAAAGUUGAAGUUCUUAAGGAUCCCUUUCCUUUGAAUUCAAGGAAAAACCAGGACCUGAUGGAUUCAGAUGAAACGCAUGAUCUGGAGGUCAUUCGUACUCUAGUUCCAGAUCCAAUAAACAAGGAACCUUUAGAAGUUGAGAAUAAGCCUGAUCCUCUUGCUGGAGAGCAGACAUGGCCAACAGACGCUGAAAUAACAAAGGCUGAUGAAGAUCAAAAGCAAAAAAAGAUAAGAAAGAUAAAGCUUCCCUCUGGCACUUCAGAAUACCAGGCUGCAUGGUUUAAUGAUGAACCUGAUGAAGAGGAGUCGGAUUGUGACAAUGAAGAUGAUGGUAUGUUGUUGGAUGAAAUAGAAGAUGAGUUUCCAGGGCAAGAGGGUAAUAUGUAUUUAGAUGCUGAUGGCGAUGAAGCUUCACAGAGAUUCGGAGAUUCUGACGAAGAAACUGACAAUGAUUCAGUAAUGAUGGAAGUAGAUAACAUGACUAGAGAGAAGAUACAAGAUGAACUUAAGGAACUUAAAGAAGCACAUGGUGCAGAUGAAGAGUUUCCUGAUGAAGUGGAUACACCAUUGGAUGUUCCUGCUAGGAAGCGAUUUGCAAAAUAUAGGGGACUCAAGUCCUUUAGAACUUCUUCAUGGGAUCCUAAAGAAUCUCUACCCCAAGAUUAUGCCAAAAUUUUUGAGUUUGGUAAUUUCAAAAGAUUACAAAAGUAUGUUCUUGCUAAAGCUUUAGAGUUGGAUGGAGAAAACAGAGAAGACUGUAUUCCAGUUGGCUCAUAUGUUAGGCUACAUAUCAAGGAAGUGCCCAGUGCUGUUGCUUUGAAGUUAUGUAUGCUUGCAAAUACAACCCCAGUUACAGCAUGUGGCCUAAUGAAAGAAGAGUCAAAAUUAUCCGUCCUUCAUUUCAGUGUGAAGAAGCACGAAACAUACGAUGCACCCAUCAAAUCCAAGGAAGAGUUAAUAUUUCAUGUUGGGUUUCGGCAAUUUGUCGGCAGACCAACUUUCUCUAGUGAGUUCAUAAACACAAACAAAAACAAGAUGGAGAGGUUUCUCCAUGCUGGACGCUUUUCAGUUGCUACAAUUUAUGCACCAAUUUCACUUCCACCUCUUCCUACAAUAGUCCUAAAGAGAAUUGGAGAGGAUGCCGUACCAGCAGUGGCUGCUGUUGGUUCCCUAAAAACUGUUGAUCCAGAUAGGAUAAUCCUUAAGCGUGUUAUUUUGACAGGCUACCCCCAAAGAGUAUCAAAACGUAAAGCUUCUGUAAAACACAUGUUUUAUAAUCCAGAGGAUGUUAAAUGGUUCAAGCCUGUAGAGCUUUAUACCAAACGUGGUCUUCGUGGCCGAAUUAAAGAACCUGUUGGUACACAUGGAGCAAUGAAGUGUCUUCUCAAUGGGGUUCUUGAACAGCGUGAUACUGUAUGUUUGAAUUUAUACAAACGUGCCUAUCCAAAGUUUCCAACCCGGCUUUUUCCUUUAUUAGAUUUUUGAUUGGACGGCAGUUGAAUUCUGUUAUUGAUCAAGGAAUUCAGUUGAAAGCCAAUUGUAUAUUCAUUGGGAAUGAAGCUCUGGUUCAGAUUGACUUCCUUGUACAAAGGAUCCAGUUUAGUGGCCUUCUUUUUUUAACUUUUAAAAAGUAAUGGCCAGAACUCCUUGCUGGUGGUGUGCACACUCUUCAGAGAAGAAGAUAUAUCAACAGAUAUCAAAUUUUGUAGUAAAAUUUAUUUAAUUUAUUCCGGGUAUUUGCAUACCCAAUUACUGUUUAGUAGAUAUUCACAUUAUGAUUCAUAUAUAUCUUAUGAGAUAAACUUAUUUCAGUUAAGGAUACUUUAUGAAAUGUUCUACUUUAUUAAA